CAUAUUUUUGGUGUGUUCCUGUCGAACAUCAUGUUCAAGAUCCCACUCCCACCGCCAAAGCAUGCCGGAUCGUCGUCGUCGUCUUCAUCGUCGUCGUCAUCAGCUCCUGCGCCAGAGCCUGCUGCCAAGCGAACGCGCGCAGAGACGGACUCGAGCGACGCGCUGAUCGACGACGACGACCGCAACGCGUUCGCUGCUCCUGCGCCUGUUGGACUUCCAGCGGGAUUCUUUGAUAGUGGUGCAGCUUCAUCAUCAUCAUCAUCAUCAUCUUCGUCUCGAGCGGUGCAUCGUGCUGCCGACGAGGACGACGACGAGGAUGAGGACGAUCGUUUCAAGCGCGCGCGCGUCGCGGUCGCUUCCCAGCAGCAGCGCCAUGUUGCUCUGCCGACCGACACGGAUGAUGAAAACUCAAUCUCAUCCACUGCUGUCAAACGCCUUGCCCUGGCACUCGAGAAACGAAUUGCCAAGAACGAAGAGAUGCGCAUCAAGUUUCCCAAGCAGCCUGCCAAGUUUGUGGACUCUGAGGUCGAACUCAACGAAGAGCUACAAAAGUUGCACGUCUUGUCCACAGCACCAGAGUUUUACGGCGAGCUGAUUCGACUCAACACGCCAAACUCGCUCAUCACUCUGCUUUCGCACGACAAUGUGGAUAUCGCCAUCGCCACCAUCGAGCUCCUCAACGAGCUGACUGACAUGGAAGAGGGUGACAGCGACCAGCAACAGAGUUUCUUGCUGCUUGUUCGAGCGCUUGUGGAGGGCAGCUUGUGGUCAGGGCUGCAUUUCAACUUGCAGCGGUUGGACGAGUCACGCAACGAAGAAUCGGAGGCGGUGCACAAGAUUCUCGGCAUCCUCGAAAAUGCCAUCGAGUGCGAGACGUCCAUGGCGCGCUCGCUGUACGAGCAAGCACCGGCGCUUGUCGCUUGGGUCAUUGAUCGCGCCCAGCGGUUCACCGACAAGCACGAUACUGCGGACGACAAUCGCCUCUACGCGAGCGAACUGCUCGCCAUUCUUCUUCAGACGUCGCAAGAAAACAAGAUUGACUUUGUCCGCGAAGGCGGAAUGGACAGUUUGCUGCGCGCAGUAGCGCCCUACAAAAAGCGCGAUCCGCGUUCGGUGGAAGAAGCAGAAAUGCUGGCCAAUCUUUUCGAUUGCCUGUGCGCACUCUUGAUUGUUCCCGAGCACAAGACCGUCUUCUUGGAUGUAGAAGGCGUGGAGUUGAUGUUGCUGCUCAUCAAAUCCAACCUUCAAGCUGGCAAAGCUGCAGUCAAGGUUCUCAACUUUGCUAUGGCAUUCCCGAACGGCGAUGCCACGUGUUCGCGCUUUGUCGACAAGCUGGGAUUGUCGGCCGUGUUUCCAUGGUUUAUGACCGCACCCGAUCUCAAGAAGAUUGGAACGCCUGAGCGACAGUUUGAAGAGCACAUUUGCACCAUCGUGGCUGGUCUCUUUCGAUCGCUGCCCGCGGGAGUGGCAAGGAAUCGUCUGCUGAACAAGUUUAUGGAAGCGGAUUUUGCCAAGUGCGAGCGAUUGGUCGAGCUGCACAGCAAGUACACGCGUUUGCUGUCGCGCGUCGACCAGCAGAUUGCACGCGAGCGAGACGAAUACGAAGAGGUUGACGAUGCGUUGGAGAAUGAGUUUUUCAUGCGUCGCCUCGACGUUGGCUUGGCCACGCUGCAGCUUGUUGACACCAUCAUUCUCGAGCUUCUUGUUAGCGGUAUUGACGAGAUUCGAAGUCACCUUUUGGUCCUGCUGGCUCAGCAGAGGCUGCCUGUUUCGUCGAUUGAUACAAUCGUGCUAGAGUUUAUUGAUAAUCUGGCGCCAGAGGAGGCUCAGCGUGUUGCUGCGCUGCACACCGAGUUUCACCGACAGCAAGCGGCGCGAGCAUGAGUCCGCAACCAGACGAACGACUGGUGCCGUAUCUUUGAUUAUUGUUUUUGGUUGUGCAUGGCUAUGAUCAGAAACACUGGUUUGUUGAACGUGUAUGCUUUUUCAAUCAAGUUAAAAUCGAUUACAUUUGGCAG